AUGCCAGGUUUUAGUGAGGAUGUGGAGCAACCGAAUCUCUCAUCCAAUUGUGAAAAUGAAUCAUCAUUAUCUACUAGAAUUCACCAUCCACAGGGCCUCUGUCCCAGCAAUUUUUACCGCUACAUAAAUACCCAGGAGAGUGACAGCAAAUGUGCAAAAAGACCUGCCAACAUCGGGCACGUUCACACCAAAACUGUGAAGAAGGUGGCCCGGGUCAUCAUAGAAAAGUACUACAUGUGCCUGGGUAACAAUUUCCACACAAAUAAGUGUGUGUGUGAGGAGAUGGCCAUUAUCCCCAGCAAGCAGCUCCGCAAUAACAUAGCAGGCUGUGUCAAGCACCUGAUGAAGUGGAUGCAGAGGGGCCCACUGAGAGGUAUUUCCAUUAAGUUGCGGGAGAAGAAGAGAGAAAGGAGAGACAAUUAUGUUCCCAAGGUCUCAGCCCUGGAUCAGGAGAUCACUGAAGUAGAUCCUGACACUGAGGAAAUGCUGAAGCUUUUGGACUUUGGCAGUCUGUCCCGCCUGCAGAUCACUCAGCCUACAGCUGGGAUGAAUUUCAAAAUGCCUCCGGGGGCUGUUUGA